GGACGGCGCUGUCAUGGCUGCCACUAUCAUGUCUCUACACAGAUGUUGCCAGCGGUCGGCGCUCCUCCUUGUUGCCCCGCGACGGUGGAGCUCCAGCUCAGUGUCUCCCCCUCCUCUGCACACAAGGCUCCUCCUCUACCUCACUCAGCGUUUCUAUGAUGUGGAAAUGCUCCUGAGCUGGGGGUCUAAAAUGAAGAUGAAGGGGAUUCAGAAGAAGAAUGCUUUCUUUGGCUACACUCAGACGUUUUAUGGUUCAGACAUAGCAUCAGCGUAUUACAUCUUGAGUCUAAAGGGAGGAUUUAGGUUUGUCGGCCAGUCAGAGUGGUUUCAUGCAGACAAGAGGGGCAAGUUCAGUUGGGCCUUCUUGGAUCACAAAAACACACCCCUAGAGGAAGUAGACAUGAACUACACAGUGAUCAACUACACAGGACUGGGGAACCUGGAGGGUCAGAAUUGUUUGCGGACUCUGUCAUUAAGAGGUUGUCCUGAAGUGGACGACUGGUUCCUGGCCAGGCUCCACAUGUUUCAGGACUCUCUGGAGGAACUGGACAUCUCUCACUGUCCACGCAUCACUACAGGCGGCCUGGCUGCACUCAGGAAUCUCAAAGGGCUGCGGCGUCUAGACGUGUCGUCCCUCCCUGGGAUUUCGCAUCCUGGGUUGGUCAUCAUCCUGCUGGAGGAGAUGCUACCACAGUGCCAGAUCACUGCUACUGGCUACAACCACAGCCUGAUGCAGGAAGGAGAAGGGAAGGAGGAGCAUAUGGAAGGGCAAAGGUAGGGAAUGGGCAGGGACUCGGAGGAAUCAAGAGACUUUAAGGAGACAAAGAAUCCUCUGAGAGAGCUCUGCCGUCAGGUCACUGUAAUCUGAUGAAAAGAGUGCUGCUGACGGAGCAACGACACAUCUGAAAGAAACAUCUGACCUAAGAAUUGGAGAGGUAGUAAGUAGGAUUUUUUGAGCAAUAAAGCUGUCGCAGCUUAUUUUCGAUAUCAGACCAAACCAGUUUGCUCUUCAGAGAGAUGUGACACACCACUGGCAACAUCUAAAGCCCCGUUUCCACCAAACACUUUCGGUAUGGUACCUUUGGAACCAAAGUAGCCCUUCAGACAUGGUACCUAGACCCUUGUGUUUCCACCGCAAACAGUACUCUUAAAUGUGGGCAGGGUUGUUGUUACUCACUGCUCCGUCCAGCACCUGGUUUAUCGUCCACAGAACGAGGCUGCACGCCGACAUUUUCAGAACAAAAUAGAACAGGCUGCAGUGAGAGUCUCUCUCAAUGGGAUAUUUAAAAAUAGCGGGAUGCAUGUAGUCCUUCUAAAGCAAGCUCAGGGGUUUAGUGUUGCCGUAGCCCACAGGAACAACGCUCUGCGAUGCUUUUUUAUUCCUCCAAGUGAGGAUGAGAAUAUAUGCAGUUCACAUAAUCCAUUUGAAAUCAAUAUGUAUAAGUGCGUGAAUAUCCACUCAAAAUGUGUUGAUGAAUUGACGUCUUCACCUCAUGCAUUGAGUAACAUUACAAGUAAACGUUCCACCCUAAAAGUUGCCGGCAGUCGUCCCAGUGAAUUCAGUUAUUUUUUUCUCAGUCUCCAGCUGCUGUGAGAGGCAGCAAAACAUCCUUUCAUUUUAUAGUUACAGUUUACUAAUAAAACUCUCCACAGUAUGAACAGUGGUUACAUGAGCCUCAAAACCAGACACAACUCAGCCCUGAGCAGAGUGACCGUCCUCUACUGACCAAUCAGACUGCAGUAUUCACAGCUUCACCUUUUAGUACCAGAUCUGUGUGCUAGGUACCCCAACAGAGGGGGGACCAAACAUGGGGACGGUGCAGAACCGUUCUAUUGGUGCCAUCCACAACUUUUCACAGUGGAAACGGGGGGGAAAAAAAGCGUACUAAACUGUACUGUACUGUACUGCUUGGAGGAAACAGGGCUUAAUUAGAUACAAGCUUGUGUAAAAGAGAAAAUAUAGCAAGCAUGGAACAAACUUGUACUGUCUUAAUUUUGUCAUCUGUCUGCACCGUUACGAUGUGAAUCUCAAUCUACGCAAAGUCGUAUCUGCCUCAAGCAAAAUACACUUUGUCUGCACAGUGAUAAUUGUCUUAUGUGCUGGAAUGUAAAUAUUAUUCUAAAUAUUCUGAAUAAAGAUUUUAUUGUUUAAA